AUGCUCUCCCACGCCCGGCGCCUCCAACCCGCGCUCCGCCGCCUCCUCCGAGCAGGCGCGGCACCCUCGCUUCCUCAUCUUCCUUCCGCACCUCACAGCCAAAUCCCUAAGACCUUCCCGCUCCUGCGCCGCCAUCUCUCGUCCCCGCCAACGCCGCCGCCACCAACGGCGUCUCCACCUCCGGCUGUGGUGUCUUCCACCCUCCCAGCCGUCAGCGCCAACACAAACUGCCCGGGAUGCGGCAUCGCCAUGCAGUCCGCCGACCCGGCGCUCCCGGGCUUCUUCAACCUCCCAUCCCCCAAGUCCCCCGACUACCGCGCGCGCCUCGCGCCGGUCACCGACGACGACACCGGCAUCUCGGCCUCUCUCAAAACCGGCCACCUCCGUGAGGGCCCAGACAGCUCGCGGGACGUCGACGCGGCGGCGCCGUUGUCGACGGAGCCCGAGAAGAAGAGCAAGGUGCUGGUGUGCGCCCGGUGCCACUCGCUGCGCCACUACGGCCACGUGAAGCGCGCCGACGCGGAGGCCCUGCUCCCGGACUUCGACUUCGUGGCGGCCGUCGGCCCGCGCCUCGCGUCGCCGUCGGGGGCCCGGUCGCUGGUGCUGCUCCUCGCCGACGCCUCCGACUUCGACGGCUCCUUCCCGCGCGCCGUGGCGCGCCUCGUCGCCGUCGCCGGCGAGGCCCACCACGCCGACUGGAGGCGCGGCGCGCCGUCAAACCUCCCGCGCGCCGUGCUCGUGGUCACCAAGCUCGACCUGCUCCCGACGCCGGAGCUCUCCCCCGACGACGUGCACGCGUGGGCGCAGUCCCGCGCCCGCGCCGGCGCUGGCGCCGACCUCCAGCUCGCCGGCGUUCACCUUGUCAGCGCCGCAAGAGGGUGGGGGGUGCGCGACCUGCUCCACCACGUGCGUGAGCUUGCCGGGGCAAGGGGCAAGGUCUGGGCUGUUGGAGCCAGGAAUGUGGGCAAGUCGACGCUGCUCAAUGCCAUUGCGAGGUGCUCUGGGGCGGAGGGCGGGCUACAGGGAACCUUGACGGAGGCGCCGGUUCCGGGAACAACCCUCGGGGUCAUCCGGGUGGACGGUGUUCUUGGUGCUCAGGCAAAGCUGUUCGACACCCCGGGCUUGCUUCAUGGACACCAGCUGACGUCCAGACUUACUCUUGAGGAGCAGAAGCUUGUUCAAGUGAGGAAAGAGAUGCGGCCAAGAACAUACAGAUUAAAGGCAGGGCAGUCCAUACAUAUGGGAGGACUGGCGCGUCUGGAUAUUGAAGAUUUAACUGUAGGAUCAAUCUACGUUACGGUAUGGGCAUCACCACUUCUGCCACUUCACAUGGGGAAGACCGAAAAUGCAGCCUCUAUGAUGAAAGAUCACUUCGGCUUGCAACUUCAGCCUCCUAUAGGAGAGAAACGGGUGAGCGAGCUUGGGAAAUGGGUGAGGAAACUGUUCAAAGUUUCUGGGGAUAAUUGGGAUAAAAAUACUAUGGAUAUAGCCAUUUCAGGUCUUGGCUGGUAUGGAAUCAGCCUGAAAGGAGAGGCGGUAUUAGGGUUAUGGACAUAUGAUGGUGUUGAUGUUGUCCCCAGGAGCUCCCUUGUCCAUGAGAGGGCAUCAAUUUUUGAGGAAGCAGGAUUCUCAGUUUCAAAGAUUGUCUCCCAGGCAGAUAGCAUGACAAAUAAGCUGAAAGGCAAUAAGAAAACAAACAAGAAGAAGGACAGCAAAGCCAGUUCAAGUCCAUCUGCAGCACCAGAACCUUCGGAACCAGCUGCGGUUAUAGAUGCUUGAGCGUUUCAUUCCAAUCUGUGACAGGAACAUAGGUGUCCAUGUUCUUCUGUUCUACAAUGUUAGGAUUUGCCCCUCUAAGCUGACAGAUGAGGUUUGAGACAUACAAAGGCACAUCCUGUGCAAUGCAUACUUGUUCAGGGGGCUGUUGUUCGUAGAAGAUUUUUCUGGGAGCAUGGGGGUCUUCUAGACUUGCCAUGAACUGGUAAUAAUAAUCUAGUCAAAUGAACCUUUGCCAGUAUGUUAAGUGUCCAGUUUGGACUGUCUAGGCUGUUCUCUCUGAACUUCAGCAUCUUUUGUUACUCAAUCAGACACGGAGAUUCCGAGAUAGUCAGUUUUACAUUUUAAUUACGUGAUAAAAGUUCAGGACUGAAGUUGUGUAACUUGUACAUUGAAGUUGUAAUCUCUGAAUUUUGAUAUAGAAUCUACGGAUUUCACA